AUGCCCAGCCUUAUUCCAAAACACGGCGCCAGCCGGCGGGCUAAUUGCGGCCACUGUUGUCCGCCGCGGCGUGGCGCGGCGCAGCCCCUGCUGUUGGCUCAGCAGCGCCGCCCGCGGCUGUCGGCAGACACGCGGCCGGCUGCCUUUUCACUGCCCUCGCCCCAGAGCGCUCUGGUGAAGGGACGGAAAGAGAACCGCCUUUCUGACGGUCAGAACAGAGCGUGGGCUGUUAGCACCUCUCACCAGGCAGGCUUCGACCCCUGCUCUCCCAGCUACCUGGCAGUAGGUUUUUUUUCUUUUCUUUUCGUUUUCAAAUCGAAAGUUCCAGAGAGUGUGGCGCCAGGGAAAGGUCUGGCCGUCGCCGUGUGCUGCCCGUUCAGCAGGGCUCUCUGGCUGCGGCCCGCCCCCCACGGCGGGCGCGUCUCGCUGCAGGCGUUCCCCGCCUCCCCGUUGCUGGCAGUUCAGCUGUUCAGCACCUUGCAAAGAACGCAGCGGUGCUGCUGGUGUGCAGAUGCCACUCGGCUCUCUCGGCGAGCGGAAUUUGCCUCUGUCGAACGCCGACACGACCCCGGGGCUGUUACGGCGCGGCCGCUAUCGCGGUACGAGGAAAGCCUCUUUGCAGUCUCCGCCGCAGCCUGGGUGGACGUGUCGGGAUGCAGCGGGGGUGACGGGGGCGGUGGGGGCGGCGGGGGCGGCGGCGGUGGCGACGCAUUAUUCCCGGGCUCUGCGCGGCCAGCCAUCCUGCGGCUGGGCUACAAGGCGACGCUGCGGGCUAAUUAG